CGAGGGGGUCGCCGGGGGCCACCGUUCGGCACUGGGCCGCAGACCGUUCUGCAGGGCGGAGCGGCGGCGCCGCGGGCUCGGAGGCGCGGCGACGGCGACGGGGCGGGCGAGCCCACGACGCGGCGCCCCCCGCGCUCCCGCCCCCUGCCCCCCCUCCGCGACUGCGGAUAAUGAGCGCCUCGGGCCGCCCAGCGCAGCCGGAGUAUCCACCCCGAUGACCACGGGCUGAGCCCCGCGCCGCCACCAUGUCCGUGGCCUUCGCGUCUGCCCGGCCAAGAGGCAAAGGGGAGGUUACGCAGCAAACCAUCCAGAAGAUGCUGGACGAGAACCACCACCUGAUCCAGUGCAUCCUGGAGUACCAGAGCAAGGGCAAGACGGCCGAGUGCACGCAGUACCAGCAGAUCCUGCACCGGAACCUGGUAUACCUGGCCACGAUCGCAGACUCCAACCAGAACAUGCAGUCCCUGCUUCCUGCCCCGCCCACGCAGAACAUGAACCUGGGCCCUGGAGCCCUGACUCAGAGCGGCUCCAGCCAGGGCCUGCACUCUCAGGGCAGCCUGAGUGACGCCAUCAGCACGGGCCUGCCACCCUCCUCCCUCCUGCAGGGCCAGAUUGGCAACGGGCCGAGCCACGUGUCCAUGCAGCAGACGGCACCUAACACGCUGCCCACCACCUCCAUGAGCAUCUCUGGGCCCGGCUACAGCCACGCGGGACCCGCCUCGCAGGGCGUCCCCAUGCAGGGGCAAGGCACCAUCGGCAACUACGUGUCUCGGACCAACAUCAACAUGCAGUCCAACCCAGUCUCCAUGAUGCAGCAGCAGGCGGCCACGUCGCACUACAGCUCGGCGCAGGGCGGCAGCCAGCACUACCAGGGCCAGUCGUCCAUCGCCAUGAUGGGGCAGGGCAGCCAGGGGAGCAGCAUGAUGGGGCAGCGGCCCAUGGCGCCCUACCGGCCCUCCCAGCAAGGCUCUUCCCAGCAGUACCUGGGCCAGGAGGAGUACUAUGGCGAGCAGUACAGCCACAGCCAGGGCGCCACGGAGCCCAUGGGCCAGCAGUAUUACCCCGACGGCCACGGCGAUUACGCCUACCAGCAGUCAUCCUACACAGAGCAGAGCUACGACCGGUCCUUCGAGGAGUCCACGCAGCACUACUAUGAGGGGGGAAACUCCCAGUACAGCCAGCAGCAGGCCGGGUACCAGCAGGGCGCCGCGCAGCAGCAGACGUACUCCCAGCAGCAGUACCCCAGCCAGCAGAGCUACCCCGGGCAGCAGCAGGGCUACGGGCCUGCCCAGGGAGCCCCAUCACAGUACCCCGGCUACCAGCAAGGCCAAGGCCAGCAGUACGGAAGCUACCGAGCACCGCAGACAGCGCCGUCUGCCCAGCAGCAGCGGCCCUACGGCUAUGAACAGGCAAGCUUUCUGGAUGUUUCCAGAUGUGCCCAUCCGCCGCGCCUGUCGAGACAUAAUGAAGAUUUCUCUUAUGGCCAUGAGGAAUAAUGAGCUGGAACUAACUGGCUUCCAGGGUUCCUUCCAGAAUGUUAAGUCUCUGAGCCUGUAAGGUUUUGCAGAAUUACCUCUGUGUAUACGCUCACCUCAGUCAUCCAGCUGGCUUUUCAUACCCUAAGCUCACCGUUAGAUCUGCACGCCUGGUUCUCACAUUCAUUCACUCUGCCAAUGUUUGUCACGUACUGGGUACGCGUCUGGUCUCUGCUGAGUGCUUGGCGUGUGGCCGUGACACGAACCCUGCACUUUUAGAGCUUAUGUCUCGCUACAGAGACAUAAGGUGGUCCCACAGGGCCAGACUGUGCUGAGGACAGAGCGGGGGGCCCCAAAUGGAGCCCGCCUUUCAGAUGGGGGCGCAGGCGACCGCAUUUGGCCCGUGUGGACAAUUCCAGGACGACACAGCGGGGAGUGGCUGGCAGCCCCAGGCUCAGCCCAGGGAGGGGGAAGCCCUUUCUGCCCAGGAACAGUGAGCAGGGCUUUGAAGGAGCUGAGGAAAGAGCAGCUUGGAAGAUGGAAGAGCGGGAGCUCUCGGGACAGUGAGGCCGGUGUGGCGGGAGGUGACAGGGACAGGUGGGCGUGGGGGCCUCCAUAAAGCAGACAUCGCCUUCCCUCUGAGUGGGAUGGGGCCCCUGGAGGAGGACAGGGUCUGUGUGGUGGGAGCACUGCAGGAGCGAGGGCCUCCUAGAGGAGAAUGAGCCAGGCAAGGGAAGAGGGCGUGCCAAGGUCCUGAGGCACCAGGAGGUUUGUCCCAGUGAAGGCAGCCCGAAGGAGGCUCGGUGGCUGGAGCACGGGGCAUAUGAAGGAGAAUGGUCUGGGACAUAUUUUGGAGCCUCCUUUGAGAGAGUCCUUAGCAGGAAGUGGCUCUGUGUUGGUGACUCUGAGCUGGCCGGAGGUGUUAGGGACACUUUACACUGCCAGUGAAAUUUCAAAGCACUACAUCGCUCAAGUUUGUUUUUCUCAGGGAAUUGGGUAGGUAAGAGGCCAAACACUGUUUUUUAAAUGCUUCUCGUCCUCCUUCAAGAGGGCAAAGGGUCACCAGGUAGAUGUAGAGAAGCCUAAAGAUCAUGUAACACAGUCUCCCUGCCAGGGCACCGUACUCGGCCAUGCCUGGGAAGGGCACGCUGAUGAGGCAUUUACACAGAUGUCAGGAGGGCUCUGGUGUGCUCUCAGGACGCUGUGAGGCCACUGUAGCCGACGCAGGGGCCGCCUCUCCCCAGUGUGUGCUGGGCGCUGGUGAGCGGGGAGCAGGCCCCAGCUUGGCCCUCCAGGUUUGCACAGGAGUGUCAUGCUGGAGUCUGGAAGGACAGCAGUCUGCAUCCUGAUGUUAAAUUAGAAUUAUAUUUGAAUGAUUCUGAUGAGAUGCCAUACCUCCUUCAUACAGUCCUGAAAAUAACUUAUUUGGAUUUUGUGAAUAAGUGAAUGUCCUAACUUAAUUAUAAGACUGAACCAGAGGACAUAUAACUUUAUACCUACCUAUGAAAAGACCGUGACCGGUCGUGGUGGCCCAUGCCUGUAAUCCCAGCACUUUGGGAGGCCAAGGCAGGAGGAUCACUAGAGCCCAGGAGUUUGAGACCAGCCAGGGCAACAUAGCAAGACCUGUCUCUACAAAAAAUAAAGUAGUCAGGCAUGGUGGCGCAUGCCUGUAAUCCCAGCUACUUGGAAGGCUGAGGCACGAGGAUCCCUUGAGCUCAGGAGGUCGAGGCUGUAGUGAGUCAUGAUUGCACCAUUACACUCCAGCCUGGGCUACAGAGAGCGAGACUUUGUCUUAAAAAAAGGAAAAAGAAAGGCCAGGUGUGGGGGCUUACACCUGUAAUCCCAGCACUUUCGGAGGCUGAGGCGGGUAGAUCACCUGCAGUCAGGAGUUCGAGAGCAGCCUGGCCAACAUGGUGAAACCCCAUCUCUGCUAAAAAUACAAAAAUUAGCCGGGUGCCUGUAAGCCCAGCUACUCGGGAAGCUGAGGUGGGAGAAUCGCUUGAACCGGGAAGGCAGAGGUGAGUUGAGAUCACGCCACUGCACCCCAGCCUGGGCGACAGAGAGACUCCAUCUCAAAAAAAAGAAAAGAAAAAGACACAGAGCAAUGGGGAAGAUAGAGAAUAGAAUUUCACAUCUGGGGGGAAAUGUGUCCAUCUAACUGCAAAAUAUUAACAUAAGGUAGCCUUUAGUCAGCGUCCAGUGUAGCUGGCCGUGGCGCUUUGGCACAGCACUGCCGGCGCUGGGUGUCUCCUAGGGGCCAUUGUGCACACUGUGUUAUGUUUGCAGCACCCCUGGCCUCCACCACGAUGCCAGUAGCACCCCCAUUGCCCAGUCUGACAAUUUAAAAUGACUCCAGACAUUGUCAGAUGCCCCAGGGGCAAAAUUGUCUCCGUUUGAGAACCACUGGGCUACACUUAAACGUGCUGAGGCGGCCAGGCGCUGUGGCUCACGCCUGCGGCACUUAGGAAAGCGGAGGCGGGCGGGAGCAGACAGAGACGGAGGUUGCAGUGAGCUGAGAUCGCGCCAUUGCAUUCCAGCAUGGGCAACAAGAGCGAAACUGUCUCAAAAAAAAAAAAAAAGGUGCUGAGGCAUUGGGGCUGCCAGUGGUUUUAUAGGGCUCCAGGGCUGCCAUGCCUUCAGCUGAGCAGCUCUGGAUUUGAGGCUUUCCGUCUUACCCAAUGGUGCAGGGGCAGAAAGACAUCAGAACAGACUCCCACUAACUAGGAUCAUCACAGGCAGCUCUGGGAAUGAGAAUGUGACAUGUGUUCGGUCAGGCUGGAACAGCUUUCCUCCCUCCCCCACUUCCUCGCUGGGGGCACUCGGGAAAUCUGAUCAUUAACUAGCUGGGGACACAUGGAGAACAGGCAUGCGGAUGAUGCUCCGUUGUCUUCCCCCGUGGCAGGCUCCCGAGUGGCUUUCACCACAGGUCCGAUGCUCCGUUUUGCUGCCCAAGGAAUUCUGCCUUGUGGCCUUGUGGGGCACAGGCGCUCUAGUUUCUGUUCUUCGUGUUGUUUUUUGUUGUUGUUUUUGAGAUGGAGUCUUGCUCUUUUGCCCAGGCUGGAGUGCAGUGGCACGAUCUCGCUCACUGCAGCCUCUGCCUCCCGGGUUCUAGCGAUUCUCCUGCCUCAGCGUCCGGAGCUGGGAUUACAAGCACGUGCUACCACACCUGGCUCAUUUUUGUAUUUUUAGUAGAGACAGGGUUUCACCAUGUUGGCCAGGGUGGUCUCGAGCUCCUGACCUCAGGUGAUCCUUCCAAAGUGCUGGGACUGUAAUCCUACAGGCAUGAGCCACUGUGCCUGGCCUUUUUUUUUUUUUUUUUUUAAGACAGGGUUUCACUCUGUCGCCCAGACUGGACACGGCUCACCGCAGCCUCAACCUCCGGGGCAUGUGCCACAACAUGUGGCUUAUUCUUUUUUUUUUUUUUUUUUUUUGAGACAAGGUCUCACUCUGUCACCCAGACUGGAAUACAGUGGCAUGAUCUCGGUUCACUGCAACCUCCACCUCUCAGGCCCAGUGAUUCUCCUGCCUCAGCCUCCCAAGUAGCUGGGAUUACAGGCACGUGCCACUACCACCUGGCUAAUUUUUUUUUUGUAUUUUUAGUAGAGAUGGGGUUUCACCAUGUUGGCCAGGCUGGUCUUGAACUCCUGACCUCAAAUGAUCCACCCACCUCGGCCUCCCAAAGUGCUGGGAUUGCAGGCGUGAGCCACUGUGCCUGGCCGAGGCUAAUUUUUUCUAUUUUUUUGUAGAGAUGGGGUCUUGCUGUGCUGCCCAGGCUGGUCUCAAACUCCUGGGCUCAAGCAGUCCUCCUACCUCAGCCUCCCAAAUUCAGAUUUUUUUUUGAAACAGGGUCUCACCCAGACUAGAGUGCAGUGGCACAAUCAUGGCUCACUGCAGCCUUGACCUCCUGGGCUCAAGCGAUCCUCCCACCUCACCCUCCAAGUAUCUGGAACUAUUGGCACACACCACCACACCCAGCUAAUAUUUGGAUUUUUGUAGAGAUGGAUUCUGGCCAUGUUGCCCAGCCUGGGUCUUCAGAUUUUUUUUAUAGAUUGAAACCCAUCACCCUGGUCGUCCCCGCUCCCAUUUUCUUACUUUAGCAGGCUUGGGGGCAGAUGGUGUUUGCAUUGGCUCCCAGUGGGGCCAACUUGGAGGAGAGCCUUCCUGCAUAGCAGGCCCAGCGUAAGGCUCUGAUGCCAGGCCUGGCACAGGCCCAGCUGCAGCGAUGCUAGUGUGUGACUGAACAAACGAAUCUUUGGCCCUGUCUACGUUGUUAGCCCCAGGCUUGGCCAGUGGCUUCUGGAAAGCCGUUCGCUGCCCCGCAGAGGUGUGAGCAGAGGUUGUUUGCUUGCUGUUGUCCCUCCUACCCCCUGUCCGGGCUAGGGUGGCCGUCUGUCUUCCUUUCACUCAUUACUAUAGUGGUGUAAUCUGUGUCUU